AUGACCAGCCUCUUUGUAAAUGAACGUCUCACAAUAUACACACACAAUGAUGAAGGGCAUAGUGAUGCUAGCAGUAGCACCAUUAGUAGCAAGGAACAUGAACCUACAAUAACCACCCAGGGCACUGGUGGUGCACCUACAAUCACUUUAUCGCCUCCACCAACAACGGGUCGACGUAAACGUAGCAUCUAUCGUAUCUUUCAGCAGCAGCAGCAGCAGCAAGAGCAAUGCGACAAGAAAACAAACUCGGCUCUAGGUCGGCGACUAUCGAAUUUAUCAUUGCGUACUCCCCAAACAUCUCGUCCACCGUCACCUUGUACAGAAGCAGUGGGCGCUGCAGCUGUUGCAGCAUCCUUGGCUGCAGCGUUUGCUGUGGGUGGACAACAACAAAAGCAGCACCACAACGACAAUGAUGAUGAUGACGAUGAUGAUGAAGCAGCACGGCUGCAUCCUAAUGCAGCCUAUCAGCUAUCUUCUAAUAUUGAUACACCGCCUUCACCAUCGUCAUCCACACUAUCAUCACCACGAUCCGAAUCACCUACAAUCAUGUUUAGAGAAAUGAAACGAGCAUUGUCACAGUAUCAGCAGACACGGCGAUUCAGCCUAGGUCGACGAAGGGCAUCAACAACCAAAGUGGAUGUGGAUGAUCGACAAGGCAAUGCAUCUCAAGUAUCACGAAGGGCAUUAUUGCAUGAAAAGUAUGGAAGGAAUACACGCAAGGGACGUUCGAUAGGGCGAGGGGCUACUGCAGUCAUCAAAUUAUUGGAACCUAGUGACCCAUCUCAAUUGCCAGGUGCCCCCAAGAUUGUUGCUGUAAAGAGAUUCCGUAAAAAGGACCGAGAUGAGACCGAGCGCGAUUAUCAAAAGCGCAUGACCAAUGAAUACUGCAUCAGCAAAGUACUACAACAUGCACACAUUGUCCAAACAUUUGAUCUCUUGCAAGAUAGCAAAGGUCGUUGGUGUACUGUCAUGGAAUACUGUUCAGGGGGAGAUGUCUUUACUAUUCUCAAGAAUUUUGAUCUCAACGACACCGAGAUCGACUGCCUCUUCAAGCAGCUGUUGCUAGGUCUUGAACACAUGCAUAAUUGUGGUAUCGCUCAUCGAGAUAUCAAGCCUGAAAACCUUGUCAUGACAUCAAGCGGUGUUCUCAAGAUUACGGAUUUUGGUGUUGCUGAUAUUGUUCAAGGCCCUUUUGACGAUGCACCACGCCACUCACGCGGUCUUUGUGGUUCAGAACCUUACUGGCCACCCGAGCUUUUUGAUGAUCGUACUGCUUCAGCCUAUGAUGGACGUGCUAUUGACGUUUGGAGUGCAGCUGUUACAUGGCAUUGUCUCAUUUAUCGUCGUAUUCCUUUUGUUCAAGCUUGUCAAAAGGACCCAAAGUACAUUGAUUUCCUUGACGAACGUCCCCAAAAAGUUUGGCUUCCACUUAGCAAAUGUAGUGAGCAUGAACAAGAAUGCCUUUAUGCCAUGUUUGAUCCCAAUCCAGAUACGCGUUGGACGAUAGCCCAGUGUACAGGAUCCUCCUGGAUCCAAUCCAUUCCUUCUUGUACGAGUGCCCAUCGCCAUCAUAUGGCAAGCAGCAGCAUAUAA